UUUCCACACGUAACGACCGCCGCCGACGACCAUCUCCAUACACAUGGGCCGCACGUGGAACAAUGAGUUUCCUCGCAAGUGAAUUCUAAUUCUUCCCCACAACACAACACAAUACACCACAACACACCUCUCUCUUCUCUUCCGAUAUAUACAUACGCACCUGCAUAGCCCAAACGGAAUCUUUGUCUCGAGGCUUUCAUCAUUUAUGGCUUUCACUAACUCCAUCACUCCCAAGGCUGAAGCACCUUCUGCUCUCCCAUCCACCGGAAAUCGGAUCGCCGAUCUUCGUUUCUCGACCUCCGUUUCAACCAAAAUUUGCAAUACUCCGAAUCAGAGAUCGAUUUCCUGCGCCAGAUCUUCCAAGCCGCAAGCCUUCUUCGGCCUCUGGAGCAAACCCAAGCCGGAGCCUUCAACUCCAUCUAAGGUUCAGGAGCUGUACGUGUACGAGAUGAACGAGCGCGACCGCGGCAGCCCGGCCUACCUACGCCUGAGCCAGAAGGAGCAGAACACCCUGGGCGACCUCGUCCCCUUCUCCAACAAGCUCUACUCCGGCGACCUGCAGAAGAGAUUGGGCAUCACGGCCGGUCUCUGCGUGCUCAUCCAGCACUUUCCCGACCAGAAUGCCGACCGCUACGAGGCCAUCUACAGCUUCUAUUUCGGCGAUUACGGCCACAUCUCGGUGCAGGGCGCGUACCUCACACGCUCCGACACUUACCUGGCCGUCACCGGCGGCUCCGGCGUCUUUGAGGGUGUGUCUGGCACGGUCAAGCUGCAGCAGAUAGUGUUCCCGUUUAAGCUCUUCUACACGUUUUAUUUGAAGGGGAUCAAGGAUUUGCCGGCGGAGCUGGUGGUCACCCCGGUGGCGCCGUCGCCCUCCGUCGAGCCGUCGCCGGCUGCCAAGGCCGCCGAGCCUCAGGCCACCAUUGCUAACUUCACAAAUUGAUGUUUGUAGUCGGAAUUACAUUUUGUGGUGUUGGUAAUUAGCUGAGGUUUUUGUUGUAGUAUGGUUAUUGGAAUUUGUUGCGCAUUCAUUCACAUUUUAUAAUUUAUGUGAUUUUAUCUUAGAAA